AUGGCUGAAAUCGUCGGCAUCGUCUUGGGCCUCGCACCUCUGCUGGUACAAAUUAGCAGCGGGAUCGACAAGCUUCGCGACAUCCGCCAGAACAUAAAGGAAGCUCAUAGUGAGGUGGACUUUCUCUUAAGUGAGCUGAAAUUCAUGGUUUGUCUCAUGCAGUCGGUCGAUGAUGCCACAUAUCGUGACGACCAGGCUUUCACUCAUUGCCAGCGAAGCUGCAGCCGAGUCCGCAAGAGUCUUGAAAGGCUGAUAACAAGGAUCAUCGAACGCCCCAAAAUGGGUGGAACAUCGGUGUCGAAACUGUGGAUCUUUCGUCAUCUGAAGGAAGAUCUUGUAGCGCUCCAGAGGGAAAUCGAUUCAGCCAAGAUAAAUCUGAGUUUCUGCCUGAUGACUGAUACCUGGGACAGAUUGCUUCAAUCAGUUCAAGUCAGACAUCUAUGCCUCGAAAGCCCCUCGUCAGAAAGCUCCGCUCAGCCAGCCGGACUCGGAUCGACUGAAGAGUCUUCAGAGCUGUGUCCGGAGCCAGCGAAAUCCCGGGCCAUCGAUGUCGCGAAGACGCACCAAGUAAUCAAGCGCCAAAAAUUGAAAUACCGCCAAGAUUGCUUGUCGAGAUCUUGUUGCUGUCAAUGUCAUCGCUCCGAGAGAGCCUCCGGGCGCUUCUGGGCACUCGACUACAGCCUCAUGGGAAUAUUCCAAACAUGCAACGUGGAAGAAUGUAACGCAGCGAAGUAUGGCGUGAAUCUUCGACUGGCUUUGACGCAACUUGGCAUCUAUCGAUCCGUUCUCAUAAAAAUCCACUUUCUUAGUGGAUCGGGAUCGUUUUCACCUUCAUUCGGUCUCCAGACUGAAUGCACCGUCCCGUACACAUCUCCAGGAUUUGAGGUCAUUUGGAGAUGCGAAAAUGGAAUGAUCGAGUACGAAGAUGCUCGGAAUCGUCUGAUCCACCUCCAUCGCAGUGAUCCAAACUUUCAGUACCACGUAAAUCCUGCUGGGAGAUCCUAUGUCGAGGAGCUCUUGCGUUGUCCAUGGGGAGGGUUUGCUACCCGGGAGCAGUUCGGGCUGCUCCAGCUGCUCAUGGGUGACUUGGGAAUGAUAAAAGGCAGCAUGCAUCCUCGAUUCCUCACGCGAUGCGCGAAAUGGAUUGGGGAAGGUCCCCACCUUGAUCUUCUUGAGUCACUAAUGCAUCUUGAUUUCGACGCUGGAGAAGUAGAGGCUCAGGAAUGGCCAGAGCCUUGCUCAUCAAAUUGGAGAUCCGAGAGUGUCACUCCUGAUCCCUUUUUCGUUGAGUAUAUUAGCAUCCUUUGCAAGGAUAACCAAGGUUUUGCCGGUAUGACACCUAUUCACGAGGCCGUCUUGUUUGGAUCACCACAGUCAUUGAAGACAUGGAUCGAGCGGUCCAAAAAAGACGAGAAGAACUUUCUUGGCCAAACUCCGCUUCACCUCGCAGUCUACAAAGCUGAGCACUUAACGGCCCUACUUGAGUCAGGUCACGAUGUGAAUGCUGUCGACAACUAUGGAAUCACGCCCCUGAUGUAUGCAGCAGCCACAGACCAAGAGGAGGCUCUCUACAUUCUCAUCAAGGCACAUGCGAACCUGCAGGCAGCGGACAGUCGAUACCAUCGCACCUUCUUCGACUACGCCAUUGCCAGGCGGAAUUGGUGUCUGAUUUACAAUCUUCUCUUGCUGAUCAAACAAUCUGCCAAGGAAGAAGUGGCAGAGUCUUGGGUGCGAGCAGCAAUAAUUGACGCCCAGCUAGCUAUUCCGAACUUCGAUUAUGACAGCCCAAUCUCUCUUCGACACUUUCUGGCGCUGUGCCAAGACGUUAACUUCACCUACGAUAAUGGAGAAGACCGAAGGAACAACUGCCUUCUCCACGACAUAAAGACCGUCUCCUACUUGGAAGCCUUGAUUGAUAAUGGAUUCAAAAUGAUCAACCAUGUCAAUAGCCUUGGUCAGCACGCUCUCAUUAACGCUGCAAAGCAUCAUGACGUCGCAAUGACUGCCAGACUCUUAGAGCUCGGAGCAGACGUCAAUCUCGAAGACAAUCAAAACCGUACAGCAAUCGGGCAUGCGCUGAGGGGCUUGAGCACUAGCGACAUCAGUCGAAUCUGUUCAACGAUGGAAGUUGUGAGAACCUUACUUCGGGCUAAUGCGAAUGUCCUUGUGAGAGAUCGUUGCAGUUGCCCGUGCUCGCCGACAGGGUGCCUCACUGCUACAACACACAAGGGCUGUAGCGACCGCUUUGGGUGGGGGCUUCACUUUCCAAUAUGGUCAUUGGAGUGGCUCAACCUGAUCCAUGAACAUCGAGGCGUUGAAACUGCAAGAGAGUUUGCUUUGUCGCUCAUUCGUGAGGCGACACAUGAAGAUCUGGAUAUGACCCAUGUGUGUUGCGAGUUCCAACUCGACGAAUGCCCCAUCGGAAUCAUUCUUGGGUCGAAGAAAUCCGCAGAUGACAUCGACGAAAUCCUAGACGAGGAACAAGAAUUCACGGCCAUUCUGAACAGUGACAUGAAGCAGAGAAAUGAGGAAGAAUACGAGGUUCUUCUUGACUGUUGGUUCGCACUGAUUCGAAACUUAAUUCGAAAAGCCACUUGGAAGGCUGCAGAAACCAAGAGGCAAAAGCCUCCGCGAAUGCAAGGCCCCGAAAUUGACUACAAAAACGAUUGCUUCGUGUACAAUACAAGUGUAGAUAUGGAUCAGUACCGAAAUCCAGUACCAGGCGUUCAGAAUUCUAUUUGCAUGUACGUGUUGUGGAUGGAGCACGAGUAUCACCAUGGACAAACAUCCCAGCUGAAGACAAACAAAAGGGAAGUCUGGUAUUCAAAACGGGCUUCACUGCUUUGCAGGCUGCUUGGAAUCAUUGAAAUCCCCGUGGGGUCUCUCACUGAUCGGGUCAGAAAGCUGCAGCCACUAUAUGUUGAUGGUCGUAAGGACCCCAUCGAUCCUGAGCCAUACAUGGAGCACUUCAGGGCCUCUGUAAGUAACCAAUGA